AUGUGGCAUUUCGAAGCUCUGACAAUCUGCUCCAAAUGUUUUCCAUAUUUGUUCAACCUCCUUGAUUCAAAUACCAGGAACAACUCAGCCAGCACAAAGCAAAGCUUUGGGGGGCAAAAAACCUCACACCCCCAUCAGCGUGCGCACACACAUGCACGUGAAAACCUAAAGUUCAUCGACAUGGGAAAGAAGGAGAAGAAACCCCAGCAUAGCACGUCCCUGAAGGCACCUGAAGGGGAGAAAAGCACUGACUCAAGCAAAACGCAGGAGUCUGCGAUGAAGAAGAAGAAGCAGCGGAAGAAAACCAAGGGGGAUCCCAAAACUGGCCAGGAGGAGGAAUCCCAUACUUGUUGUGGCUGCCGUUUCCCGCUGCUGUUCGCUUUGUUGCAGCUGGCAUUAGGCGUCUCUGUAACAGUGCUGGGCUUCCUUAUGGCAAGCAUCAGUUCUUCUCUGCUAGUCAGAGACACUCCAUAUUGGGCUGGGAUAAUUGUCUGUGUGGUGGCCUUAGUGGGAUUUGUUAUGCUUUGUAUUUCGUACCAACCCGAUGAGAAGACAUGUGUGCAGUUCACGGUAAAGUUGAUGUAUUUUCUCCUGAGUGCCUUGGGUCUGGUUGCCUGUGUUUUGGCAGUGGCUUUUGCUGCACAUCAUUAUUUGCAGAUGACAAAAUUUACCUGCGACACCAUCCUUGAGUCCUGCCAGUGCAAACUGGACACGGCAGACCCCCUCGGUAGGACCUUCGUCUACCAGGAUGCAGCUGACUGUGGCAGCCUCACCAGCAUGCUCAACCUGUACUUACUUCUGCAGAUGGCUCUCAAUCUAGUCUCAGCCCUGGCGUGUCUAUCGGCAUGCUUCGUGAUGUGGAAGCACAGAUACCAGGUCUUUUAUGUGGGAGUUCGGUUCUACUCUUUAACUGCUACUGAAGGCCAGAAACAGAAAGUAUAGGUCUGGGCUGGCAGGGGUUAGCCAAGGAAUGGAAUAUGUCAGCAUACUGCCACCAUAGAUACCACAGAUGGAUGAGUGUUUACAAGGUUUUUGACAGGGAAAAACAUUCACACAGUUUAAUGAAUACAUUUUUCAAUCAUUUUAAAAGCAUUUCAUAUGGCUGCUCUUGCAAAAGGUCUCUUGUGAGGUGAUGUAGAGGUCACAAAGUCCUAAAGAUGCAGCUGUACAAAUACUCACCAAAGAGGAUCUUUAAUAGCCAUAGACGAAAUGAGAGCUUAAAAAAUCAUUGGGAACUCAUCUGCAGGGCUACAGCUGUUAAGAAAUAGGGUCUGUUUCUAUCACUGGUAUCUGUUCUUGCCUUCAGAGAAGCUAUACCAAUUUGUACUAGACAAGGAUCUGGUCCAAAGUGCUUAAUUAUAAUUAUGCUGAUCAUGCCUAUGGAAUACACUGUCUCUUGGAUGCUCUGGGUAUAAUCCACAAUAACCUGAUGAGGGCUUAAUAUAUGGAAAAUUAAUAAGGGAGGUCAAGACCUCUUCAAAUGAAGGUUUAGACCAACAGCAAAGUGAAUAUAUUGACAACUGCCAUAUAAAAUAUAUGUAAGACUCUUCAGAGUGACUAAUGAUACAGGUUACCAAUUACUAAUAAACAA